AUAUGAUUAUGUGUAGCGAAUAAAUUCGUGUUUUAGAUUGUACAGUUCACAAAUGCUUGAGAGAGAAAAAAAAACUAUUCCUUGUGACGUAUCAUUUUGGAAUAGGUAGCAGAUGCCAGUGCAUGGUCCUUUUCGCAAGCCGUUUGGAGACCUUCCUUAGAUAUAGCAGAAAUCACCUAUACACAGAGAGCGGCAAGAGAAAUAAAGGAGGAAAGAGCAAUUGCGGUACGGUAAAAAUAAACGACGCAUUGUGCACAAACGGACACCAUCCAGUACCUGGACGUUCACUGUAUAUCGGACCGGUGCCUGUUAAGACUCCUUCAGAUGCUCGGGCGAUACAAAUAAGGUCGCAGGACAAUUUUAAAGCUCUUGAUGACACAAAAGCGGUGAUGCCAUUUCUUCGAGAAAAUGUUACGGACACAAACUUCACUGCAAUUCCUGAAGUUUUUGCAUCGAACUUCUAGGCAGGAAACAUCAAUACGUGUGCUAAAUAUCUGGCAUGAAACAUAGACAAGUUUAGUUGCCAAGCUUGGUAUUUCAUUUACAAUUUCCAUGUCCAAAUUCUAACUGAUCGAUUUCGUAGUGAAAACGGUAUAAAGAUGGCUUCUAAAUGUAUUGUUGUAUUUCUGAUUGGAAUAAACGUGUCUGUGUCCGUUGCUUACAACUGGUGUAAAGACUUCAAAAAUCAAAUAUUGAAAUGUAAUUAUUUUCCAAAGGAUAUUCCAUAUGGAAUUUCGGAGGUACAUAUUGAACACUUCAUGGACCCAUUUGAUAAUGUAGUCGUGAACAGUUCAACCUUUCAAUCAGAAAACUGGAGUCAUUUGAAGCGUUUAAAACUGAGAGACAAUCUUAACGACGACACGAAAACACUAAAAUUUGAAGCAAAGAGUUUUAUUGGACUAGAGAAGGUACAAGAAUUUCAUUUACAUGUACAAAGUAUCAUUUAUCUUGAUUCAGACUCACUUGUCGGUCUAAAUAAUCUAAAAACUUUAGAUUUUGGUGCAUGUGGGAGACUGUCUCUAAAACAAGUGAAUUCUGCAAUAAGUGGUUCAGCUAAUCUAAAAUCACUUGAAAUAGUGAAUAUAUCCAGACUGGAUUAUCAUGUGCAAGCGCUUGAUAUUGAUAUGAAUUUCUUUUAUCCACUACGAAAUACGAAUAUCAAAUACCUUGACAUAAGUCAUACAGACAUAUCCAUGCUUCGAUUAUAUACCUUACAAUAUUUACGGACGUUAGAAACUUUCAAUUUAUCUUCUUCAAGCAUAGCCGAUAUGACACUUUACCCUGACAAGCAGGCGGAAAAUUAUACCCUUCUUCGGAAUGUCAAAAUGCUGGACAUCAGUUUUUAUCCAUUAACAAAACUGGCAGCUUUUGUCCCAAACACUAUUACAAACUUUGACUUCCUAACGUGGGAUUUACCUGACGCUCUGUAUAUCGUAAGACAAUUUCUCUCUUGUCAAACGAUAAAUGUGACUGGUAUAUUAACUAUUAGUAAGAAAACGGUGAAGUUAAAGAACUGUAUCGUCAAAAUAACUGGUCGUAUACCCUGGCUUGUUCGAGAAAUAUUCGCAAGACAAAACAAUUUAAACCGUUUAGAUGCUAAAUUCCAUUGUGGAAAUUACACGGUUUAUACAAUAAAACACUUUGAUAUAGCUGAAAAUAACCUUGAAUUUUUACAUCCAAGUAUUGUCUCAUGUAUGCCUAACAUUGAGAUACUAGACCUUUCGAACAACCUUAUGUAUAGAAUGGUGGCUGAAAACGUUUCUUUAUUUGAGAAACUAUUCAUUUCUCUGCGACAUUUAAAGUCCAUUACUUUAUCAGCGAACAAAUUGCGAUAUAUUCCGCGGAAGUUGUUUGAAAACAAUUUGGAACUUCUUUCUGUUGACUUUUCCGUGAACUUCAUAAGUCAAGUUACAUUCUCAGUUGACAAAUUAAACCAUCUCAAGGUACUUGAUCUACGGAGCAAUAUAAUAAAGAUUUUGGACAAGGAGUCAAUGACAAUGCUGGACUUAAUUCAUAUGGAACAAAACAAAACGAUGCCAGUAGUAAACCUUAAUAACAAUCCUAUCUGUUGCUCUAAAUGUGAGGCGGAAUCGUUCCUGGAAUGGCUUACGAAAACAAAUAUUGUUGACAAAACUAACCUUAAAUGUGUUGACGAAAACUCAGUCUACAUUGACGUUACAGACAAUAUACUUCGGAUGGUCCGUAACAUAUGCCAGCGAAGAAAACUCGUGAUUUAUUUGCUAGCGUCUGGCGUGACUUUAGCAUUUAUGGUCAUCAGUAUUUACAAGCGGAAAAAACAAAUACUGAAAAAGAUGAUUAGGGAAAAAGUAUUACGUCGUUUGCAAGAUGGAAAAGGACAAUUUCAAUUUGCAGCUUUUCUUUACUUUUGUAGUAAGGUUGAGGAUUUCGUGCAAAAUUUAAUUGAAAGUAAACUUGAUGAAAAAUUGAAAGAAAUGAUCGAAAUCACCGAUUCAGGGCGAAAACUGGUAUUUUCUGAAAAACACUUCUGGCCAGGCCGUUCUUUACCACGUCAGUUCAGUGACUAUUCUAGAAGUUCUUCAGUGCUUCUUGUAGUCUUGUGUGAAGCAUAUUGUACCUGUUCUUACUGUAACGAUUUUCUUGAGAUUAUCAUCAUGCAAAAAAGAAACCCAAUCAUGUUGCUAAUGAAACAACAAAUCGACGAAAGGCAUAUGGCGGGUUUGAUAAAGCACAUAUACGAGAAGGCAGCUGUAAGAAUUCAAUGGGAAAGUGGGUAUGAAGAACAUAUUCUGAGUACUACAUUGGAUCAGAUGUGUUCGUCUAUUGUUGACAUUAUUGUAGCUAAUCUAGGUAUCUUAUCAAUUGAAUAUGAUGAGCAGCAAGUACUUUCAAAUGGUUGAUAAAAAAUAUUUCUUAGAGAAGCGCUUCGAUUUAUUUUGCAUUUAUAGCCGAUAAGUUGGCAUAAUUGAAUUUUAGUAGUUCAGCUGUUAUCAUUAUAAUAUGGACAAGCAAAACUGACAAACACAACAAUAUAAAAAUGCAUUCAUAAAGACGCCGACGAAAUGAACCCAUACUGUCUAUUGUUUCUAUAUUGUGUCCACAUUAGAAAGUAUUGAUAAGGUCAAAUCAGAAUAUGAUGGUAAAGAGUAAAGACAAAAAAUAUCUUUAAAAACAUAUUUGGUAUUGAUGGAGAAGUUAAAGAAGUACAAAUAAGUUAUUCUUUUAUACUGUGCAUGCUUUCUCGCAGUGUCCCCAUGAAGUGUCAAUAAAAUUUCUGUAACUAA